CCGGUCAGCUGAGAAAUAUACGCUGGGGUUGGCAUUGAUCGGGUGAAGAAAAUUAUUCAUCAGUAACACAAUUAUCGAUCUGCCCUAGAAUGGCGACCGAAGUAGAGACCGCUCAACAAGAGGUACAAGAAGUCGAGGCUGAAGCCGCGAAACCAGACGAGAACCACGUUGAAGAAAACAAACCGGCGGAGGAAAGUCAAUCGGCCGAGAAGAUCGAGGACGCGGUUGUCGAUGGUGAAUCAAAGAAAGAGGAAAAUGGCAGCGUACCACCAAAAGUGAUUCUACACCAACAUCCCCCAUGCGUCAAUUUACCGAGUUUUCURCCUGCGUCGCUAAAGCUGGAAACUUUCAUGCGAAUGCACAACAUUCCCUACGAGAAUAAGUACGUCCACAAACUGGGCUCAGAUAAAGUGAAGUUGCCAUUUAUUGAGUAUCAAGGCGAUAAAGUUCAGGAUGCCAACUUCUGUAUCAAGUAUUUAUGUAACAAGUUCAGUCUAACCCCCGAUUCUCAUCUGAGCGCGGAACAACGCGCUGUUGCUCACGCAUUUUCUACGAUGGCCGAGGAAAACACGUACUGGAGUCUGGCCUACUAUCGCUGGGUGGAUAACUUCAACGAAACCAAGAAAUACUACAGCAACCUCGCUCCUGUUGUCAAGGACGUACGCCCAAAACUCGAYCAGAAUAAGUGCAUCAAAUGCAUGCAGGCCCAUGGUAUUGGAAAGCACACAAAAGAUGAAAUAUAUGGAAUUGCCGAGGCCGAUUUGCGCGCUAUGUCAACGUAUUUGGGAGAAAAGGAGUUUUUCAUAGAUACGACCGAUCCCUGCACCGUCGACUGUACCUUGUUUGGUCUCUUGGCUAGCGUAAUUUAUGGAGCGCCAGAAUCGCCGCAAGCCAAGCUCAUACACGAUGAKAUGCAGAAUCUCGAGAAGUUCUGUGAUAAUAUGAAGCUGCAUUACUGGCUCGACUGGGGUGAUGUUUGUAACGAAGAAAACGCCGAAAAGUUCAAGCCGCAGAGCCGACUUAGUAUGAAAAAUAAGAAAAAGAAGACAAAGACAACCGAAGAAAAAGAGGGAGAAGGCGAGAGUGAUAAAGCAGAGGAAAAACCAGCAGAAGAAGAAAAGAAAGAGGGAGAAGAGGAGAAACCAGCCGAAGCCACCGAAGAAGCAGCUCCUGAGCAAGAGGCUGCUUCCGGCGAACCGCCAAAAGAGGAAGAAGGCGCGAAAGAAGAAUCAAAAGAAGAGGCAGAACCUGCGAAGGAGGAAGAAAAACCAGCAGAACCAGAACAGUAAAAAUUUUUUGCUUAAUAUGAGAGAACUAUUUGCUCCGCACAGCAAGAUUUGAAGAAUUAAUGGAUGGAGGCCACAGGGAUUUAUUCCUACAGUUUGAUGAAAUUGAGACUUUAAAGUGUGAGCAUGUUACUCUUUUCUUCAAUAUGAAUUUUGUUACAAUUUUGCAUUGUGGCCAUGAAGAUUCAGACAGUCAACCUUAUAAAAGGAUGAACCAUUAUUGUCCCUAGCAUUUACUCCAUUUAUUUGCUAGAUAGGAAAAUAAAUUUAGAACAUUUGAUGUAGGUAAUUUAUAUUCUGAUAAUUUCCUUUGGAAGGAUUUAAUUUCAUGUCUAAGGAAUGAAUAUAUGAAAUGUAAGAAAGCCAUUUCCAAGGCCAUAAGAUAUUAUUUUUGUUUAAGAAAUCUUUCAUUUUCUGUAGAUCUUACAUUCAGUGAUAUAGCAAAUAGUGUACGGAGAAAGUUAUUGCACCAUUGUACAACAUUUGCUUUAUCACAAUAACCUAGCUUCAUCCACACAACUAGCUUAUAUAACGUGUGUGAUUUCAGGACACUAUUGAUCAUAAUUGAAAGUGUACAUGUGUAGCUGUUAAACUACUGAACUGAUCUUUACCAGUAGAUAUCGUCUUUGCUUCCUUCUUGGACUAGGAGUUCUACUUGUAGCUAGUUGAUUUGUAAAUCCUGUUUCUGCUAGUUAUAACGCUGCCCAUUCAUCAUAAUAUAGUYAAACAAGAUCCCUCUAAAACCAGCAAGGAAGCAAAUUGUGCCUGUUAUUAUUUUUGUUAAAAUUUUCAUCGUUCAAGUCAAAUUUGACUAGCAAUGAUUGUAUGUAAAUGUGAAAAUAGAUAAUAGGACUCGAGGAGUUUUCUUGUAAAUGUUGCCUUAAAUUAUAUUGGAUGGAAUAUAAUACCAAUAAAGCCUUCAAAACCAUU